AUGACUGUCAUACCAUCUACGUUAACUGUUCUAACUUUUUUAAUAACAUCCCUUUCAUUGUCACAAGCAAUCGGUGUUAUAUUAAACGAAGAUGUUUCUAAUGAUUCUUCCGACGACAUUUAUGUAUUUCUCGCCGAAGCCGUAUCUUGUUUUAAAAUGUUUAGUCUUGUGAUUAAUCGUAAUAAUAUUGUUAACUUAAUUAGUUCUUUAACAGAAGAACCAUACAAACCAUUGAAUGAAGUGGAAACCAGAAUUCAAACUAAGUUUAACGAAUUAUCUCGGUUUAACACACACAGUUAUGCAUUUUUGAUUUCAUUAUCGGUGAGCAACUUUUUAUUUUCCUCAUUGGUUUCAGACUUUAAAGAAAGACAAUUAACUUUUCGAGUAUGGUUGCCAUUUGAUGCUUACAUGACACCCCUUGUAUAUUAUUUAACGUAUGUUCAUCAAUUGUUAUCGUUAACAAUAGGAGCAAUCAUUCACGUUGCUCUAGAUACCUUAAUUUGCAAUCUUUUAAUAACUAUUUGCUGUCAGAUUAAAUUAUUGGAAAAUCGUUUGACCAAAAUAACAAACGAACGAAAAAAUAUUUUAAAACUUUGCAUUCGUCAUCAUGAAUCUAUAUACAAGUAUGCUGCAUCAGUAAAUAAAACAUUUAAAUUUGCGAUUUUCAUGCAAUUUUUGGCAACAUUUACUAUGACUGUUUUGAGUAUUUGUGGAUGCUUGAUACCGCCAUCUUGGUCGAUUUCAUUUUUCAAACGUCUCGUAUAUAAUUUGUAUACAAUAUUUGUAGCUUUAUUAAUAUCAUCCUUAUCGUUGUCACAAGCAAUCGCAGUUAUACUAAACGGAAACAAUUCUAAUGAUUCUUCCGACGACAUUUAUAUAUUUCUCGCUGAAGCCAUAUCUUGUUUUAAAAUGUUAAGUCUUUUGAUUAAUCGUAAUAACAUUGUUAAUUUAAUUAGUUCUUUAACUCAAGAACCAUACAAACCAUCUAACGAUGUGGAAACCAGGAUACAAAUUAAAUUCGACAAUUGGUCAAGAUUGAACACACAGUGUUAUUCGUUUUUACUCGCGUUAUCUGCCUCCUGUUUCUUGUCCAACUCAUUACUGACUAAAUUGAAAAGAAAACAAUUAACUUUUCAAGCAUGGUUGCCGUUCGAUAAUAAAACGAAUAAUUAUAUAUUUUAUUUAACUUACGUACAUCAAAUGAUAGCACUUUUAUUAGGAGCCAUGCUUCACGUUGCAUUGGAUUGUUUAAUCUUUGGUUUUCUUCUACACGUUUGUUCUCAAAUUCAAAUUUUGGAAAAUCGUCUGACGAAGAUCAGUAACGAUAAUAAAUCAUUUUUAAGAUUAUGCAUUCGUCAUUACGACUGUAUACGCAAAUUUGCCGAUAACGUUAAUAAUAUGUUCGAGUUGAUGGUAUUUAUACAAUUUUUCGUUACCACAUCGACAGUAUGUUUUACAUUGUAUCAAUUAACUAAAGUAUCACCAUUGUCUUUCGAUGCUGCUAAAAUAAUACUUUACAUGAAUUGCAUAUUAACACAAAUAUAUCUCUAUUGUUGGUACGGAAAUCUUGUUGCAACAAAGAGCGAAGAAAUUCCGAUGAAAAUAUUCGAAAUAAAUUGGACGACGUUAAACGAUGAUAAAAAAAAAUGUUUAUUAUUUAUGAUGAAACGUACGAUGAAACCAAUCGUCUUAAUUGUAAUGAAAAUUCUUCCUGUCAAUCUUGAUUCUUUCGUCAAUAUACUUAAAACUUCGUACUCGGCAUAUAAUAUCUUGCAACAGACGGAUGAAAAAUAAAAAGAAGAAUGAAAAAAAUAAUAAGGAAGAAAUCACAUAUUAAACGAAAUAUAUCU